CAUUCAUAAAUACAACACCCCAGACGUUUCCUCCUCCUUGAGCCUAUCAAACAAACCCCAAAAACCCUCCUCCAAAGAAAGUCUCAUUUUUUCCAACUCUUCAGCUUCCAAUACCAUCAGCAAAAAUGUUUCGAUCCGUAGCUAGAUCAGCCGCCGGAAAGCACCUCCUUCGCCGAGGAUACGCCACUGACUCCGUUCCAGACCGGAAAGUUGCUGUCUUGGGUGCAGCGGGAGGGAUCGGCCAGCCCUUGGCUCUACUCAUGAAGCUUAACCCUCUCGUUUCUCAACUUGCUCUCUAUGAUAUCGCCAACACUCCCGGGGUUGCCGCUGAUGUUAGCCACAUCAACACUAGAUCUGAGGUUGCUGGAUAUGUUGGUGAAGAGCAAUUGGGGCAAGCUUUGGAGGGAUCUGAUGUUGUCAUCAUUCCAGCGGGGGUGCCAAGAAAGCCUGGUAUGACUCGUGAUGAUCUUUUUAACAUCAAUGCUGGAAUCGUCAAGGGUUUAUGCGCUGCUAUUGCUAAGUACUGCCCCAAUGCACUUGUUAAUAUGAUUAGCAACCCUGUCAAUUCAACUGUUCCAAUCGCAGCUGAGGUUUUCAAGAAGGCAGGGACAUAUGAUGAGAGAAAGUUGUUUGGUGUAACGACCCUUGAUGUGGUUAGGGCUAAGACUUUCUACGCUGGGAAGGCAAAAGUACCUGUUGCAGAUGUUAAUGUCCCAGUUGUUGGUGGUCAUGCGGGAAUAACCAUUCUCCCACUAUUCUCUCAAGCCACACCAAAAGCCAAUUUGUCUGAAGAGGAGAUCACAGCUCUCACAAAGCGAACACAAGAUGGAGGCACUGAAGUUGUGGAAGCAAAGGCUGGAAAGGGUUCAGCAACAUUGUCAAUGGCCUAUGCAGGAGCCAUUUUUGCUGAUGCUUGCCUUAAGGGGCUGAAUGGUGUUCCUGAUGUUGUAGAAUGUUCGUUUGUGCAGUCAACUGUCACUGAACUUCCUUUCUUUGCUUCUAAGGUAAAGCUUGGAAAGAAUGGUGUGGAGGAAGUUCUGGGGUUGGGUCCUCUCUCCGACUACGAGAAGCAAGGCUUGGAAAGCCUUAAGCCAGAACUCAAAGCAUCUAUUGAGAAGGGAAUCAAGUUUGCCAACCAAAGCUAAUUUAAAUCAUUUAUGAUUUCUUCCAUUAGACCAAUGAGAAUUUUGCAGUUCUUUUGGCUGCUGUUGUAUUUCUUGCUGCAAGCGGCAUCGGCUUAUUAGGAUAGGUCUUACAUACCAUAAGUUUCCAGCAAUAAUUCCCAGUGGUAUGUUACAGGGGAGGGUUUGGUGAAAACCUUUUCCAGUUUAGGUGGGGAUGUUUCAUUCAUACAAGUAUAAAAUUGUGAGCUCGCCAGAUUAUAUCUCGAGAAUCUUUGGUGAAAAGUUCUUUUAAAUCCUAUGGCCUUUUUUCAUUUUUUUAA